UCAUACUGAAAGCAAACCGCGCGGCUGAGAUUCUGACGACUCAGACUGAGCCUUGUUUGCUUUCCAAUCAAAUCAAUGGCAACCAAUAAUGCAAAUCAAGCACUAGCUGCAGAGCAACAACUCAGACAACGGCGUCGAGAUGGAGACACCACGACGUCCACGCCGACUGACAGCGGCAGCACUAUGGGCUCCAGCCAAGCCACGCCGGCAUCCAGCUGUCUGGGUCAACUCCUGCGCUGCUGCUGCAAGUGCGGAGCCGUCUGCUGCGGAUGCUUUGUCGUCCUCAUUGCGCUACUCUUCGUCUUCCUCAUGCUCGUGUUCAAGUAUGGCACAAUUGAGAUCCAGCAAGGCGAUCAAACAUUUCGCUGGAACGCCAACGACGAUCAUGAAUGGACAAACUGGCAUGUUGUACCGGGACAUCGCUCGCUGCAAGAGCAUUACCGCACGAUUGGAGUCAAGGAUACCGCCACGCGCGAAGAAAUCAAGGCUGCAUACCGCGAGUUAGUCUUCCAAUAUCACCCGGACAGAAAUCCAGACUGCGAAGAAUGUCCAGACCAGUUCAUGAAGAUACAAACCGCGUAUGAGCAAAUAAGAAGCGCUCGCCAUUCCUCAAGCGAGUCUUCCUCAAGCGGCCGACACGCUCCAAGCGAUCCUUCUUCUGAACGCCGGAAGCCCAGUCGAAACCGAAGAAACUAGUUUUGUCUUUUCAAUAUCGAUUGUAUUUCGGGAAUUCUGACUCCGAACACCACCAUCC